AUGUCUUCCUUAACUGAAAUUGAACAGGAAAGACUGUUUCUUACUACUCUCACCUUAGAGGAGUUCUUCGAUGAAGAUGAGUUUAGCAAGAUGCAGUAUCAAGGAUUCAGUCCAUUUGAUUUGCUAGUGACAUUGAGGAAGAGGGCUAGCGAGAAGAACAUCUCAGAGGAGAUCCAUAAAAAGAAUCUUGGCUGGUUGUCUGCUUUGGGCACAAUGAGAGGUACCAACCUCACUAAAAUUCAAAGUAAGACAGGCAAUGAAGGGAAGAAUAAGCUUAAAGAGCUGAUCUCCAUUUACAAAGUAAUGUCCAAACCUGUCGGUAUGGAUGAUGCCUCACUAUCUAGAAUAGCUGCUUGUUUUGCCCGUCAGAUAUCCGACAUGAGUCACCUGAAGGGGAAAUUGUUUUUACCAGUUUCUACUGAUUCAUUGACUGAUGGAUUCCCUGCAGGACUGAGAGUGUCAUCAGCUGGCUCCCUUAUUCCCUCAAAGGCUUGCUGGCAUGAUCCCAAUGACUUCGUAUCCUUCGUUGAUGCCUUUGCUUUACAUCAAUACCAUUUCGACAAGGUCAUUAACCCAAACAACAAGAAGCAAUCAGCAGGGUCUAAGAUUAAAGGAUUUGUCGUGAUUCAAAUAUCUUCUAAGCUGUAUUCUGAUGAUAUUAGAAUUUCUCACUGGAAAGGGCAAGGCUUGGUCAAGCACCCAGCUAAUAGUACUCAGAUUAAAUGCAAAAUUAAUCAAAACACUCCUAGCUUUAUUCAUUACUUUUUAAACAAAAAUGAUGCAAACAGUUUCGCCAGAUAUAUUGAUAUAAUGUAUCCAACUAGUGAAACUAAUUUAUGUAAAGUCAAGCCUAUAGAUCCUAAACAUGAUUUUAAUUCUGUAGACUUAGACGUUAUGUUAACUGAAAUAAAAAAAACUGCUGGUGACGAUAUUUUAUUAGACAAUGUAGUAUUUUACAUAGUUGUAGUAACUUUUCCAUUUUCAAUCAAAUUUUCAACUUAUCACGAAAAAUUUAAGAAAUCUAUAUCUAAAGCUGUGUUCUCCUAUAAACAUUGCAUAGCUCAUCUUGUAGACUUGAACUUUAACGAUGACUCUAAAGUUGAAAUGACGAUUGAAACCAUGUUUAAAAUUUUCAUUUCACAAGAAGAUUGGGGUAUUUCUUGGUUAAGUGAAAUAUCUAAAGAAGCAGAACGUGCAGCACUAUAUAACAAUAAUAAUGUUGAACUCGCCGAAUUCUUCAUGAAGACCUUCACUUUCACCCCUACAAAAUGGUACUCGCACAAGAACUUUUCGAACGUGAUUUUGUUUCAAGACAAAGGGCAUGCGAAACGCUCCCUGAUAAUUUGCCCCCUGAAGCAGUUGUGUUUUUUAUUGAUGAGGCACACUUCCACAUCUCAGAACCCCAAUGACAUCUGGCCAGAACUGUACGACAUCGAGGACCUACAGGAAGACGUUCAUGCGUAUAACAACCUUCUUACACGCAUUGGCCACUUCCUCACCGUCAUUGAGUGGAGCGGAAGCGCCACUGAAAGCGCAUUAGCUUGUGCAGAUAUUCAUGAGACCCUGUAUUUGGGUUGA